CAGAGGAUCUAGAUGAAUGCGACGUAGCAAUUCAUGCCGUUUUAUUGUUUUUAACGUUGAAAUGGCAAGUGCAACAGGUGAAGAUGAAGUUGAAAUGGCAAGUGCAACAGGUCAAGAUGAAGUUGAAAUGUCAAGUGCAACAGGUCAAGAUGAAGUUGAAAUGUCAAGUGCAACAGGUCAAGAUGAAGUUGAAAUGUCAAGUGCAACAGGUCAAGAUGAAGUUGAAAUGUCAAGUGCAACAGGUCAAGAUGAAGUUGUUGCGGAAUUGUUCUUCGACGACGGAGACUUUGAUGAUGGAGAUGAUGAUGACGGAUUAGAUGACCUGGAAAACGCGGAAGAUGAGGACCGGGAGAACGUGAAGAUCCUUCCCGCAGGAGAGGGAUCGCAGGCCAACCUGAAGAGGAUCACAACUCCUUACAUGACCAAAUAUGAGAGAGCCAGAGUUCUCGGGACACGAGCUCUACAGAUAGCGAUGUGCGCUCCAGUCAUGGUGGAGCUGGAGGGAGAAACCGACCCGUUGCAGAUCGCUAUGAAAGAACUCAAAGCCAGGAAGAUCCCCAUCAUCAUCCGCAGGUACCUUCCUGAUGGGAGUUAUGAGGACUGGGGCAGUGACGAGCUCAUCAUCACAGAUUAAACUCAUAGCUGAAUACAGAAAUGUGCUGAUUGACAGCUGUCACCGCUUCAGGUCAGUCAGGGUCAUGAGGCUGAGGCAGGUAUCACCUCCAGUCCCUCUGAGGAAUCAUAUUUGAGUUUCCCAGCUGUUUGUUAACGUUCAACUGGAAAACCCACAUUGAUCUUAUGAUUACACCGCAGCUGGCCGGGGAAACAUGAGCACAUCAAAUGUUCUGAACGGACACUAGAAGACUCGUAAAAAUCUGAUCAGUGUCGCCUCCAGGUUUUUGAUCAUGUGAUCCAUUUUUUGUCACUCCACACAACUUAAAUUCAAAGUUUGUCGACGGUUCUUGUUUUAUUUCUUUAACAGCUGCAUUAUAACGACGAGCCACUAGGGGGAGAUGUAACGUAAGGCAUUCAUUUACUUUGUGUUACAAAAUCAACCUGUGUUGUAAUUAUUCAUUCUGUUGUUUUGAAGGAGAGGGGAUUAGUGUUAAAGAACUGUUUUAUUCUUGUUAAUAAACUCUUUUGUAUAAAUGA